AUGGCCACACAAAUCAAGGUUGAAAUUAUCGAGAGGCAAACAAUUAAACCAUCCUCCCCAACUCCUGAUCACCUUAGAAAUUACAAGCUCUCUCACUUUGAUCAGACGGCUCUUCAAAUCUACAUCCCACUCCUUCUCUUCUAUCCCAAUGCUCCUGCUGAUGCUAUUACUAAUAAUGUCAUGGCCACCAAUGAAAGAUAUCAGCAUCUAAUGCAAUCCUUAACUAAAACUCUCACUCACUUCUACCCUUUAGCAGGAAGGAUCAAAGGUCACGCCAUGAUCGAAUGUAACGAUGAUGGAGCUGAACUUGUGAAAGCCCGAGUCGUGCUCCUUAUUGGAGAUUUUGGAACACCCAGAUACCGAGAUGUUAAGACGGUUCCUUCCUAUUGA